UCUCACUAUUGGCUGCUACUGUAUUACCGACAGCUUUACGGUGGGGCAGCGGCCGGAGAGGAUAACCUUUUUUCGUCUCCUUGAAUCGCUGAAUAUGUUUGUGUUCAGUAUGAAUUUAAUAGGACUCUAGUGGGGGUUUGUUCCUUACUAUUCCUUCAGUUUACGACCUCUGAACGGCGCGGUGUUUGAACAGAUAACAGAUGCGCCCGGAUGCACGCGGAUACAUUGUCCGGACACCGCGAGAGCAGGAGCAUGUAACCGGGAGACACGCACCGGCGGCGGCUACACCUGACUCUUCUCCCUCGCGCUCCCUGUUUCCUCUUAAAUUGAGGUUUCUGGAUGUGUUGACUGAACUCUGCCCGUUAUUUUGGAUAUAAUCUUCAGCAAAAUGAGCGAAGAAGUGUCCGAGGUUCCUAAAGAGCUGCUGGAGAGUGUGAGGGAUGCAGUGGGGAGAAAGGUGAAGCUGUCGCUGAGGAAGAGAGUCAAACUGGAGAUCAAAGGAGACAAGACGGAGAACAGAGUGUUGGCCCUCGCGACUCACCGAGCCUACCUCCUGACAGCUCGUAUUCCUGCCAAGGUGGAACACUCCUUUAAUUAUCUGGAGAUCCAGGGGGUUUCUUGUAACAAGCCGACACAGCUGUUCUUAGAGUAUGAGCGCGGCUCCUUCUCCCUGAAGCUUCUCUCCACUGAAGAAGUGAACGAGGUGGUCGCUCACAUAGGAAACUGUCUGCUGAGGAUAUGUCCCGGUUUACCACCAAAUAAAGUGAUGAAGAAGCUGUGCAUGGAGCCUCCAGAUAGGCUGAUUGCUCUGCAGACUCUAUGGGAGAACAACAAGACAGCUGAACCUGGACCCUGUGGUGGGUUUUCUCAGAUGUACAGAUGUGUUUGUGACUGGUUGGGGCUGCCUUACCGAGAAGAAGUGCAGUGGGAUGUGGACACUAUCUAUUUAACACAAGACAGCCGAGAGCUCAACCUUCAAGACUUCAGCCAUCUGGAAAACAGGGAUCUGGUGGCUAUCAUAGCAGUCCUGGAGUUCAAUCAGUGGUUCACCAAGCUAUCUACCAAGGACUACAAACUGUCUGCAGACGUGUGUGAGCAGAUCUUUCGGGUAGUGUCUCGAUCCAGUCGACUAGAAGAGUUGGUUCUGGACAACGCAGGACUCAAAACUGAUUUUGCCCAGAAGCUUGCAGCUGCCCUGGCCCAUAACCCCAGCUCAGGACUCACCACCAUUAAUCUUGCCAACAACCCACUGGAGGACAGAGGUGUGUCCUCGCUGGGUGCUCAGUUUGCCAAACUUCGUAUUGGGCUAAAGCAUUUAAACUUCUCCAAAACCUCAUUAUCACCCAAAGGGGUGAACAGCCUUUGCCAGUCACUGAGUGCCAACCCGUCCAUCCCCAGCAGCCUGGUCCAUCUGGACCUCUCAGGGAACGUGCUCCGAGGAGACGACAUGCAGCAUUUCUACAACUUCCUUGGUCAACCCAACAGCCUGACCACCCUCGACCUCUCCAACACUGACUGCUCAUUGGACCAGGUUUGUUCAGCUCUGCUGCGAGGUUCAGUCCAACACCUCUCUGUUCUCAACGUGUCAAAGAGUGUCUUCCCACACAGGAAAGGCAAAGAGGUGCCUCCAUCAUUUAAGCACUUCUUCAGCAGUGCCAUGUCUCUCAGCUCCAUCAAUGUGUCAGGAACCAAGCUGCCGCCAGAGGCCCUUAAAGCUCUCUUGCUCGGCCUGGCCAGUAACCUCAAUCUGAAGGAUGUUUCUCUUGACCUCAGCUGCUGUGAGUUGCGGUCAGGAGGUUCUCAGAUCCUUGAAGGUUGUAUCGCAGAGAUUCCAAACAUCUCCAGCCUAGACAUCUCUGACAAUGGCCUGGACUCUGAUCUGUCCACUCUGCUGGUUUGGCUGGCCAAGAACAGAUCCAUCCGUCACCUCUCACUGGGAAAGAACUUCAAUAAUAUCAAAUCCAAAAACCUCGCCCCGGUGUUAGACAGUCUUGUCCAUAUGAUUCAGGAAGAAGAAUCGCCCCUCACCUCUCUGUCCCUUGCUGACUCCCGACUAAAGAGCGACCUGACCAUCGUGUUGAAUGCUCUCGGCAGCAACUCCUCGCUCACCAGAUUAGACAUCAGCGGGAAUGCCAUGGGAGACAUGGGAGCUAAGAUGUUGGCCAAGGCACUGCAAAUCAACUCCAAACUCAGGACUGUGAUCUGGGAUAAGAACAAUACCAGCCCUCAGGGUCUUCAGGAUGUUGCAGCUGCUCUGGAGAAGAACUUCACCAUCCGUUUCAUGCCCAUCCCCAUCAUUGAUGCUUCGCAGGCUCUGAAAGCCAGCCCGGAGAAAACAGAAGACGCCUUGCUGAGGAUUGAGAAUUAUCUGUACAGAAACCAUGAAACCAGAAAAUACCUGCAGGAGCAGGCUUAUCGGCUACAGCAGGGCAUUGUUACCACAACCACACAACAGAUGAUUGACAGGAUUUGUGUGAAGGUGCAGGACCACCUGAACUCUCUGAGGAACUCGGAGACAGAUGCCAUCUUGGAGGAUGUCAAGGCAGCGGAGAACCUUAUCAAGGAUGCCAGAAACUCAAAAACACUGCUCCCUAACCUUUACCACCUGGGGUCAGCAGCCAGAGAGGAGGUGAACAGCUCAUCUGCAGGACCUAUCCAAGAGAAGCUGGAGUCUAUGGCAGGGGAGGUGACGACGGUCAUGGACCAGCAGCUGCAGGCUCUGUUGGAGUCCAUGGUUGAUGCUGCAGAGUCUCUGUGUCCUCAUGUGAUGAAGAGGAGUAACCUUCGUCCAGAGCUGAUGAAGGCCAGCUCAACCAAGAUGGUGGUACCCAAAAGCUUUGUGACCAAAACCCUGCUGGAGCAGUCUGGGGUCGAUAUUAUCAACAAGAUCAGUGAGGUGAAGCUGAGUCUGGCGUCAUUCCUGUCAGAUCGUAUUGUAGAUGAGAUCUUGGAGGCUCUGUCCACCUCUCAACUAACUCUGGCUGACCACCUGGUGCGGCGAGGUCGCCCUUUGGUGCAGCAGGAGUCUGUGGAUCUGGACAUCCCAGAGGAGAAGAUUCCCAAACGGGCCUCAACAGAGAUAUUGGAAGCUGAAAGGCUGGAUGAUCUGGAGACAUGCAUGAUGACGCCUAAAUCCAAAAGGAAGAGCAUUCAUAGCAGAAUGCUUCGACCCGUGUCUCGUGCCUUUGAGAUGGAGUUUGACCUGGACAAGGCCCUGGAGGACAUCCCUAUCCAUGUAGAGGACUCUUCAUCCAGAACUCCACCUUCUCCAUCUCACAUCUUGCCAAAACUGGAGCAGCGUUCAUCAGGGGGAAUGAUGGAGCUUCCCUCGGAGGAGGAAAAAAAGCUGCAGCACUUCACCAAACUACGACCCCGACGGAACAAGAAAAUUCACUCCAGCAAAGUACCUCAAUUAAACAGUACUCCAUCUCUGGAUGGGGAGCAGAAUGGCCUCAUGGGAAGGGUGGAUGAAGGUGUUGAUGAGUUCUUCUCAACAAAAGUCACAAAGAUGGAUUCUAAACGCUCGCUGAAGAGUUCAGAAUCUCAGGAUGGAGAGAAGAAGAAGAGUAAAGGAGGAUUUCUCAACCUUAUCAAACGUUCCUCCAAAUCAGAUAAAUCAGACAAAUCAGAAAAGUCAGAAAAGAACCAGCCUAUAACCUUGACACAGUCCUCCACAAUCCCUGAGGAACCCUCCUCGCCAAAGGUGGCAGUCAAGAGUCCAGCACCUGAGCCGAAGUCCAGAGAUGCCUCCAUCCGCUCACAGCACACAGACUACAGCAGCAGCUCAGACCGCUCAGAGGAGCUGAGGACGCCCGACUCCAUCGACGAGCCCUGGGACAGUUCAGAUGGCCGAGGAAGCCCUCAGGGGGGCCGACGGUACCCAGGCUUACAAAUGAUGGGAAGUGGCCUGUUGGCAGAGAUGAAAGCCAAGCAGGAGAGGAGAGCUCACAAGUCUUCCAGCCCUGACAGGCCUGACAGCAAUGCAACAGCCAAGGCCCAGCCCCCUGUCGCAGAGAGCAGGUCUCCUGGUGGCUCAAUACAUAAAUCGGAACCUCCUUCUGGUUCUCCAGAGAGGACCCCUCCUCGUGUUGAGACCAAGCCUGAACCGGCUCCUCGUGUCAGGGCUUCAUCAUCCUCUACUCCCCCUGGGGGGCCACUAAGUCCCAAACCACCAGUACCACAGGGGGCAAAACCUGCACUGGCUGCACGACCCACAAUCCCUCAGAAACCAAGGAGUACCAGCAGCAGCAGCACCAGGAGCAUUGAUGAGGGUCCAGACUUUCCCAGCAGUGGCAGCGUGUCUCCAAAAAUUGCAGCUCUUCCUCCUACGCUGAAGAGGGUGCAGUCAGAAAAAGAGAAAAAUGGACAGAGCGGUCUGCAGUCAGCAAACAAAACCUCUCAGGACGUGAGGGCGGGGUCUGUGUCAGACUCUGUUCAGAGACCCAGCCCUCUCCGGACCAACUCUGAGGAUCACGGCCCCUUCAAGAAAAAGGACCGGUCUCCAAACCGGGACAAGGACAAAACAGCUGGAAAGAAGUCAUCAGACUCUGGGGAGGAGGCCGACAAAGACUUUAUUUUGUUAUGAGUGAGACACAUUUGUUGAUAAGUUUCCUAAUUAACUUAAGGGGAAGUAUAUGAUCAACAAGUUUUCAUUAUAUUUGAGGUCAGUCCUGUCAGACCUCAAUUAUAAUUCGUUUGGUUCGCAGGAAGACAUGCUGUAGUAUCAGGUUAUACACCAUGUCAAAUUUGGUUAUCGGUGACAGAAAUAUCUUUGAUUAAUUUCAUAUUAUACCACCAAGUAAACCAAACCUAAGAGCUUCCUUUUCACUAACAGCUUUUUCUACUUCAUGUUCCUGUCAGCUGAGAACAUCAUGUCUCUGUAAUAAUAAACUUUCACAUAAAAAGAGGCAUGAGGCUUUCAGAAAACAGCAGAUGUAUGUGGUUAAAGACAGAGCAAGAGACUGUGAAACUACUUUGGCAAAUCUAAAUAACCUUUCAUCUUAUUAUUUGUUUCAGUAGCUUGUUUCCCAGGGACCAAACACACAAUAAUAACAAUAAAACUAGGAUCACUGUACUGUACUUGAACUCAAAGCAGACCAAGACCCAAUGACAUUCUUUUCUGUCAGUAUUUUUGUAGAGAUUUUUCUAUUUCUGUGCAACUUUCCUCCUAACUAAAUCCAUUAUGCAAUCUCUUAUUUGCUUACAGGAAAACACAGGUUCAGCUGAGACUUUCAGCCCACCGCCAUGAAUCACAAACUUAUAUUUAAUGUAGCUUUUCUUACAGUAAUACCACAGAGGAGAUGACCUGGAAACUUUAUCAAACCGCCUGACUUUACUCAUGUUUGGAUCUGCAUGAAGGAGUAGGAGUGACCGUAUGACGUGUUGCGUUUAGAGGACAUUAGUACACUUAACUGAUAAUCAAUCGAUAAGGCUUCAGCACUGUUAACCAACACCGUCGUCUGUGAUUCCACUUUUAUCAUAUGAAACCUUUAAACCACAGAUGACUUUUGCACGCUGCCUGAGUUUGUGUCUGUCAUUACAUAGAACAAUACAGAGUGCCACUAUAAACACUGAUGUUACUUGUUAAAACAGUUUAAUUUUAAGCCAGUACUUCCAAAGAUGUCAGAUUAACUUUAUAUCAGUAUUUGUCUCUGAAGACACUCUGAGCUGCUCUUGAAGACAGACAGAUUCUCCAAGUGUUUCAGUCUUCCCCUGGUGUGCUUACAGUCCAAUGAAGGCAAACGACUCGCAUAAAAGAGGACUGUCAUGGAUACUCUGGAAGGUCCAAUGCUGCCAAUUUCAGGAGCUGAUUUAAUCCAGAAUCAGACAGAAACCUCUUCAGCUUGUUCUUUGUUUCAAAGCGGGACACUGAGGGAACUCCAGCCUUCAAUCACUCUUUCUCCUGAGCCUAAAGACUCAACUUUCAGGGCUUUUAAAUCCAGUUUUCUGCAUAAGAGGACAUGUUAAAAAGCCAAACUAAUGCUUUAGUUAAAAAAUGAAUAAUGCACAACCUGAAGGGAACGUAAACUGAAGGUAGCAGUAUUCUGUGUGUAGCAUUUUUAGGUCUUGAUGCUGCACAACAACAAUAUAGGCUGAUUCCUCUUAUUAUCAUCUACAGAUUAAGGAAUGCCCUUUUCACACUGCUGCAAUGACAGCAUGUCAGUCAUGAAGACAGGUACAAAAUGUGUAUUUUAAUCUAAAGUGAAGGCCUGAAGCUUCCCUGAGACCCCUGGGUAGACCCAGGACCCCUUGGAGAGAUUAUAUAUCUCAUCUGGUUUGUGAACACCUCAGAAUCCCUCAGGAAGAGCUGGAAAAUGUUGCUGGGAAGAGAGAUGUCUGGGCUGACCUGCCUCACCUGCGGCCAUAAUGAGAUAUAUCUCAUUCAGUGGAUAUGUGAAACCGUCAAACAAAUUAAUACCCAAUCAUAAUGCAAUGUUUUCUAAUCUCUUUAAAAACAAUACUUGCAGACCUACAAUAAGUAUCAGUUAACUGAUGACUUUUAAGGUAUAGAGCUUAAAUUUUCCCAUCAGUUCCAUCAGACUGAACAAUGUAUCCAUCAAACUAAUAUUUAGCACAUCAGUAACAGUGGAAUUACUUUUCUUCAUCUAUGUAGCUGAACUGAAAUUCUUGAGCUGAAAAUCUGCUCUGAAUGUUGUUCUCUAUGUGCAGUGUGAAAGGGGCAUACCUACUUUAAUGAAGGAGAAAUAAAUUAAAGUCAGGACCAAAGGUCUUACUGGUGCACCUUUUCUACGAUGUCCUUGGAUGUCUUUUUGUAGGAUUAGAAAAUCAUUCCACUUCUUUGUCACUAAUAAAGUCAUGGGAAUAACACUGUUCCUGCAGGUCUGAUGUCAACUGCUGCUUUGGCUCACAAUGUCAGGCCCAAAACUCAAACAUGUCUUUUAUUUUGAAAAUAUUCCAGGGCACAGAAUAAAAUCCUUCUACUACUAGGUGCUCUAUUCUGAUUUUUUGGGUGCAAGAAAAAAAACCAGUAUGGACUGGGAUUUCAGAAGCAGCUGGCUGUGUUUCUGUUUGAAAGACUGAUGACGAUGGUAAUUUCUCUGUUCUAGCCUGAAAAUGAGCGUCCAUUUUUUUUUCUGAUGUUACACGGUUGAAGAAGUGGAAACAAAACAGAAGAAGUGGAAACAAAACAGUUUGGACUCUAGAGUCUAGAUGUGUGUGACUGCAUGAUGUGAGUUGUACUGUAUGUAUAUAUGUGCUUUCAAACACGUAGGAGUGUGCGUGUGUAUAUAUUUAUGUGUGAUAAACACACAUGUAACAUUCACACUGUGAUAAAUCACACUCCUAUGUGAAAACAAAUCCUUUAUUGUUUUGGUACUAAGUACACUACUAUACUAGGGGGUUUGUUUGUAACUUAUUUGACAUAAAAACAAUGGCCGUCGCAUUUUUCCUGUUUUUCUCUCACAUGUACAUUGUGUUUAUAAAUGUAGAAAUUAAUUCUUUGUAUUAAUUUGUUCAUCAAUUUAAUGUUAUGUUCAUCAAAAAAGAAUGAUGCAAAACCAGGACUGUUUUCUCUUGAGCCGCAAAAAAAGGCAUAAAUACAAGUGACAUGUUUCUCAUAAUUUGUUUCAUUGUGCCCUGUUUGAUCAAUAUGUUUCUGCUGGUGUCCAACAUUUCUUCAUGGAGAUAUUAAUAUUGAUUAAAAUGAUUUUAUAGGCUUCAAAA